AAUAAUUUACAAGUGUGAACAGGCAUAAGUAGACAAUUGAUAUCUAAAGAACAAGGAUACACCUUCUUUCAUAAUGGCUGGAAACAAAGAUCUGGCAAGGUUGAUUAAUAUGGUUCUACUGAAGCAAGGGGGCCAGCUAAACAUUGACCAGUUACACCAGGACCUCACAAAGAACCAAGGUGUACAAAUUCCUAAUGUCCAGUCACUUUUAAUUUUCUUGGAAACGUUCCCACGCAAUUUCGUCAUAAAUACAGUACGUCAUAGAAGAAAAAAUGUGUCUAACGUGCGUGUGAUAUCGGAUAUCGAGACCUGUGCUGAACAUUGCAAGAAACAAGGAAGUUGCCGAAGUCAGAAUGGUGAAUGUGGCCGACUACACAUUUGCAAGUUCUUUCUUCUGUCUGGUCGCUGUCAUUUUGGUCCUGGAUGUGCAUUCGGUCAUGACUUUACAUCUCAGCAUAAUUUUAAGGUUUUCAUGUCGCAUAUGCUUGAUCCAGGAUCUAUCGAAGCAGAAUAUUUUAGAGAUCUGCUGUGUCAGAAUGAAUGCAGAAAUGCUACCACGAUGCCCGAUACAUGUAAAUUUUACAACACAUCAAAGACCUGCUCCAACAAGAGAUGUAGAAGCCUGCACAUUUGUCGACAUUUUCUUGAAGGAACCUGCAAGUUUGGGUCCGACUGUAGAAGAAACCAUUCCUUGGAAGAACCAACUGUUAUGGACAUCCUUGAGGACUAUGGUUUUGAUGUGAACCGACACCCUGAAGUAAUACUAGAAGAUCUUCAAAACUUCUAUAAAAAUAACACAUCUACAAACAUCGGAUCAUCGCAACCUCAACCAGACGGCUUUUCAUCUGACUCGGACAGGGAACAAGAGGUGUACACGCCAACUCUGUGUCAACCACCUUCAGCAGUCCCAGCAGUGCCUGUUCCACGGCCUAGAACAAAACGAAGCCCUCCGAAAACGAGAACAGAUGAAGAGAAAACUGAGGAAGGAUGUUGAUGAACGCCAGUUGUUCCAAGGGACACACGUUGACAACAUCGAGGCGAUCUGUCACCAAGGUUUUGACUUUCGGUUCUCCAGGAAAGCUGUAGGCACCGUAUACGGAAAAGGAAGUUAUUUUUCCACCGAAGCAGGUUACUCUGAUUGUUACACUGGCAACUGUAGAAAGAUGUUCAUCGCUCUAACUUUGGUGGGCGACUUUUCAAAGGGUAACCAAUCAUUUGUACGUCCACCACCAAAAAUUGAUUCUAAACCAGAUGGUGAUUUGUUUGACAGCUGUGAUGACAACGUAGAAAAUCCUAAAAUCUUUGUAAUCUUUGAUUUGUACCAGGUGUAUCCGCAGUAUCUUAUCACCUAUGAGUAAGACUGUGUCUUCAUGUACUCUGCAAGAUCACCCUGUUGGUAAAGUAAACUGAUCGUAAGUUUAGAACCUGGGGCCUAAUUCACUAAAUUCUCGUAACUUUGCGAUCUCGCAGUGCAAUGUUAAAAACUUGCAAAGAGGAUGCUUUGUUGUCUAGUAGAGCCUAAGAGAGCUUUGUGAAUUAGGCCCAAGAAUUCUUAGUUUUACACUGCACCAGGGAAUAAAGAUUAAAUAAAUUAGAGAUUAGCUGUGAAUCAUUCAUUCCAACAUUAUGUGAUUGCAGUUUUUUUAUUUAACACUAGAAGAAAUGAACCACAGUAGGAGUUUCGAUUUAAAAAAGAUACAUUCUUAAAAUUCUAUUUCUCUUUCACCACUAAUAAUUAGGAAAUUAGUUAGGUGUCCUAACAGGAACAUAUGUAAGUAUGUAAAAUAUUUUAGAUGGACAUGGUAAUUAUUUUCACGAUAUUUGCACAUAUAUGGUUCCGUUAAUUUUGUUUUAAAACAUUUAAUCCACAUCACAAUUUUUAAGUUGGACAAUUCAAUUUUAUCUUUUGAUUAUAAUGAGAGUGUUCAGGGUACUAUUCGUUGUAUACACUACCAAUACGUUGAACUUGAUCCCUUCAUUUCUCUCCAUCAGUAGAUCAUAGGAUCUAUAUUGUAAAUAAAACACACAAUUUGAUUUUAACAAAGGGAAGAAAAUUAGUAUUAAUCGAUUUUUAGUAAAUAAUUUCAGUUUGGUUUGAUGUAAGAAGAAAAGUAAAAGUCAGGGCUUCUAGAUUAUGGUAGCCCCACUCCCAUGGCUAGUGAUAUUCAA